CGCCUGUGUGUCCAAGCGUUCACGCACACCAUCAGGAUCUGGAAACAGGGCUGCACCAGCCCACGGUGGUGUGUGGGUUAUGAAAGAAGGACCCAAUACUACACCAUCUACAGACAGGCAUACAGCCUGGAGCAGCAGACCGUCUACAAGUGCUGCCCCGGUUGGAGCUGGUGGGACAAUGAACCUGGCUGCCUAUGCUCUGGCUCUGCAGUGGAGACUUGUGUCCAUGGGAAGAGAUGCUCAGAGGGUGAAGUCCAGUGGUGCCAGUGUUCGGAGGGUUUUCAGGAACCCCACUGUCAAUAUGAUAUAAAUGAAUGUAGCGCUGACAAUGGUGGCUGUCAGGACCAAUGCUGUAAUACAAUUGGCAGUUAUUACUGCAAGUGUCAAGCUGGCCAGAAGCUGGAGGAAGAUGGCAGAGGACGUAGAGAUGUCGAUGAAUGUGCGGUGGUGAAUGGAGGCUGCCAGCAGCGCUGUAUUAACACUCUGGGCACCUUCCACUGUGAAUAUGAUACGGGAUACAGACUCCAUGCUGAUGAACGCACCUGCAUAAAGAUGGACCCCUGCACGGGUGGGAAUGGAUGUGCCUACAUCUGUCAGAGUGAGAAUGGCGUGGCCAGGUGUGCCUGUCACCCAGGGUACCAACUAUCUGAAGACAAAAAGGCCUGUGCUGACCUAAAUGAAUGCACUGAAAGGCUUGCUCCCUGCAGCCAUCGCUGUGUGAACACAGUGGGAUCUUUCACUUGUGCUUGCCAACCUGGUUUUGAGCUGGGAGCUGAUGGAAAACAGUGUUACAGGAUUGAAUUGGAAAUUGUCAAUAGCUGUGAAAAGAACAAUGGUGGUUGUUCCCAUCGCUGUGAACAUGCAGUUGAUGGGCCCUGAUGCUCCUGUAACCAUGGACACCAGCUCGAUUCAGAUGAGAAAACAUGCAUAGAUGUGGAUGAAUGUCUGGACGUCAGCAUCAUCUGUGACCAACUGUGCAUCAAUUCUGUUGGAACCUAUGAGUGUUCUUGUGAGGAAGGCUUUAGAAUUGGAAGUGACGGGGAAACUUGCAUCUAUGAUGAACCAGAGGAAGAAGAAGAAUUAGACAUUGUGAAGUUUCCAGGUCUUCUAUGCAAAAGCCCACCUCAACUGCUUCAUUAUGUGCCACCUCUGCCUCUCUCCUAUGAAGAUGAAGACCAUGAGGAAGAGGGACAAGAAAUUCCAGGAGAGCUGACUGAUUUGCACAAUGUUGUUUGUUUAGAUCACACCUUCGGACACGAAUGCAGUUUGAGCUGUGAGGACUGCAUGAAUGGAGGCUGAUGCCAGGAAGGAAAGAGUGAGUGUUCCUGUCCCAAUGGCUGGAGAGGCUUUCUUUUUAAUGAAAGUAAGUAAUACUUUGGAGCAUUGAUUGGGGGUGAUGAAUUCUCCUUUUACUGCUGGUGAACUACUGGUGAUGAGUUCUUUCCAUGUGUUCUCCCUGAAAUGUUUUAACAAGAUUAACGGUUGAUAGGGAUGGGAAACCAACUUAUUUGCUGUGCACAAAGAAUGUCUGUGAAGCACUGAGGUUUCAAACUGAACAUGUGAUUACAAUGGGAAAUUUUGUGUUCCCUGGGAAACUUGAUGUGCUAUCUCUUGUUUAAUAAAGGAUCCUAAUAUCCUCAGCCUGUAAAAAUCCCUCCAUUUAAAUAAAUCAUUAGGCCCUGGUAAGCUACUCCCUGUGAAGAAAAAAAAAUAAAAUGAUUUUUGUUAUGAAGUAUAAUUAAUGGAACUGCUUAACUGUUGCCUCUUUUUGUUUGUGUUUUCUUAUCUUUUUCUUUAAAACUUAUGUAAGUACAGGCAAUGACAAUUUUAAGAUUUUUCUAUAAGCCUCUCAUGAGAAAAUGUCAAUGAUUUGUACAAUAAUACCUCCAAUAAAUGUUUUCCUUUAUAUUUUAAAUGGAGGUAUA